GUUGUCAAUAUUGACGACAAACAGUUGACAACAAUUUCAAUGACUUAAACAACAUUUGAAUCAAUCAAUUGAUUAUAAAAACAUUUAGUUAUGUAUUAGUAGACAAUGGAUACGAUUUGAGUGAUAGACAGUGAUUGACCACAACUCGUGAUGACUGUCUUUCAUAUGACUCAUUUUCAUCAACAAAAUACAUCACAACUUAACGUUGAGAUUACCGAUGAGCUCAAGUAUGCCGAAGAUGUGGUCAUCUAUUUAUCCAAAUUGUUUUUCAUUAAUCCCAUUGCAAGACAUUUGUUUGGUUUGUAUCACAUGAAUAACAAGAUAUGGAUGGCCAACAACCAAGUGAUGACACUCUGGAAGGAGACAAAUGUCUUAGAGUUUAGACUCAGAUUUAGACCAAAUAUCAAUACUCUUAAAUUUAAUUUGGGACAAUCUGUUGAUUACAACACUUUUAAUUAUUAUUUUAAUCAAAUAAGACAUGAUUUUAUAAGUGGUAAAUUUGAAUACAUCAAUGAUAAUAUCGGAAAAAUAUAUGGUUUAGCGGUCACUGAUAUGGUUAGGGAGGCUCUCAAUACUGAUAUAAUAAAUGCGGAUAAAAUAAUCGAUGAUUUCGCCAACUUUUUACCUCAAAACUGCAAAAAGCCUAAACUGUUUUUGUCUACACCUAAGGAUAAGAUUAAGGCAUCAUUUUAUAGGGCACUCAAUUCAAGUCAACAACAAACUGAUCAAAUAGUUUACAUACAAAAACUUUUUAUUGAAGAUUUUAUCACAAGUUUAUGUCCAAACUAUGGCAUCGAAACUUAUAAUGUAAUGUUUGACAAUCGAUACAAUACUUCACGACAUCACUUGAUUGAGGUUAAGGUUCAAUACAUUCACUUUUACGAUAAUGAACAACAAAAUGGUAUCUUUUGUAAGCCAGUCAAUGACACCAAAGACGAGUGGACCAAAUGCUGCUCCAUAUCAGACAUUGGAUUUAUAUCUUUGGAUAAUAAGACUAAAACAGUUGAGAUAUCGCGAACAAGUGGUGUUCCCUAUAGUUUCACAUUCAAACACGAUCUCGACAUGAAAUCAUUUGUUUCAUUACUCGACGGCUAUUAUAGACUUUCCGUCAAAUGGUCUUUCAAUAUCUGCAAAGAUGUGUCGUCGCCAUCAUUAGCAAGACUGAGGAAAAACAAAACGCACGGUCCGGUCGACUAUGAAUUUGCAUUAAAUAAAUUGAAAGAGAAGUCCAACGAUAUGACCGGCGCUUAUAUACUUAGAGAAAGCCUAACAAAAUAUGAUGAAUACAAAAUGGAUGUAUUUAUUAGACAUGAAUUGUUUGAAACAUUUAAGUUAAAAGUGACCGGAAGUCAGAUAGUUAUUGAAGUACCAAAUAAAAGACACUUCGAGUCAUUUGCAGAUUUCAUAAAAAGUUUUUCAUUUAUGUAUUACGACGGAAAUGAGAUCAGUCUAACACAAUGUAUAACUCCGAGUGAACACGACUUACCGCUAAAUUUGUUGUUAUGUCGACACAAUAAUAAGGAGAGCACUUCACAACAAGAGGCCGACCGAUUGGGACCGCCUGUCAUUGCCAGUCAUUUAUUAAAAUUAUCAAAUACUACACUAACCAAUAACUCCCGAUAUGGCGUCCGAUUAGCAAAUUUUAUGAAUAAACAAUUUAUUGUCAAAGAAGUUAAAAGUGUUGAAUUAACUCAAGAAUUUCUCAAAACUGUGUCUCAAUGGUCACACUUACGCAAUGAUUCAGUAGUCACUUGUAAAGGCAUUACAUUAUGUUCACCUCUUGCUAUACUCUUAGAGUAUAUACCUAUUGGACCUUUGGAUGCAUUUUUAAUGGCAAAUAAACAAAAUUUAAAAUUAGUUGAUUUGGUUGAAAGCAUAUCAUACUUAUCCCGAGCCCUUUGGUAUCUUUUUGAGAAUAAUGUAGUUCACGGACACAUCCGAUGUCACAAUCUAUUAGUACACGAAUAUUCAUCAAAUUGUCUUAAAGUAAAACUAAGUGAUCCUAUCAGUGAUAAUGACAUUAAUAUGGAGAGGGUAUGGCUUCCACCUGAAUAUCUAACAAACAAUGAAUGGACUUAUUCUUUCAGACAUUUAACUCAUUCGGUAGAUGUCUGGGCUUUUGGUACAACUGUUUGGCAGAUAUUUAGUUACGGAGUGAAACCAAAUUGUGAGGACGUGUUUGAAUUAAGUAAACCAAAUGAUUGUCCGAAUGAGAUCUGGACACUGGUUGGCGAGUGCUGGACAAUGGACUGUGAAUCACGCAAACAACCUCAUAGUAUAUAUAGAGAUAUCAGUCAAAUAUUAUAUGAAGUAUUUAAUUGUCAGCGAAAUGACUAUUACUCUAAACCUGUGUUUGAAGAGCCAAAGCCAUCCAAAAGUAAUUUGUUUAAGAAUUGGUCUAAAUAUAAGUCAAAUUCAAUCUUUGGCUCUAAUUUUUCAUUAUCUUCGAGUUCUAUUGUAAGCCAACAGUCAUUUUCAACAUAUCUCACAAACAGUAUUAAAGCCAAUGAAACUACUAUUGGAUCUGAUAAUUGUCUUCUUUACGAUCACAAUGGUUUUGAUGGCGCUAAUGGCCAACCAAACGAGCCCUGGCUUAUAGAAGCACAUCAAUUGAAAGUGGGAAAAGUGAUCGGAACGGGAUGUUAUGGGGAAGUCUUAAAAGCAACACUUACUCAUUGUGCCGGACUUAAGGAAGAAGUAGUCGCUGUUAAGCGCAUUAAAUCAGUUGCAUCUGAUAGUCAACUAAGAGAUAUGAAACGCGAAAUCGAAAUAAUGAAAAAAUUAAGUCAUAAAAAUAUUGUGGAAAUUAAAGGAUUUGUUGAAGAUUUAUCAGAUCAGCAAACAAUGCUAGUCAUGGAGUUUGUUGAAUUGGGUUCAUUAGUGGCUUAUUUAAGACAUAAUCGUUAUAAUAAAUCAAUUAUACCUCUCGUAAAGUUUGCAAUGGAUAUAACCUUAGGUAUGGAGUACUUGGAGAGCAAGUCUAUAGUUCACCGGGAUUUGGCCGCUCGUAAUAUAUUAGUGGCCGAUGAAGACUACGUCAAAAUAUCUGACUUUGGUUUGGCUCAGUUUAUUGACUCUAAUAAUCAAUAUUAUCAAUUCAAAACUAGUAGAGAACUACCUCUCAGAUGGUAUGCACCGGAAUCACUAAAAUACUGUAAAUUUUCACAUAAAUCUGAUGUUUGGAGUUUUGGCAUUGUUUUAUGGGAAAUGUAUAGUUUUGGAGACAAUCCACAGUUACGAUCACAUAAUGAUGAUAUGAUCGGUGAUUCAGAGCUGACACAGGCGUUAGAAAAAGGUCUGCGAUUAUGUCUUCCGGCUGACUGUCCCCUUCAGGUCUACCAAAUUAUGAUGAGUUGUUGGCAAAAGGAUUCACAUCUGAGACCAUCAUUUACUCAACUGAAGAAUUUAAUUAAAGAAAUCCCUCAAUGAAAAUGUGUCACAUAUUUAGUCAUUAAUGAAUUGAUAGCGACCUAUAUUUAGGCAAUAAUUUUGUUGAGUAAAACCAAUAAUUAAAUUAAAAAUAUGCAAAACGUGAACUUAAAACACUAGACUAUCGGACCAUUGAAUAUUAAAUUUGUUUUUUUGUUGAGAUUUAUAAUAUAUA